AUCCUUUGAUUUCUGAGAAUCUUUUUGCUUCGUGCUUGCUUGCCUUGUGGGAUCUCUACUCUCGAUCGCUCUCUCACCUUCAUUUCUUCGAACCUUCUACCUGCAAUUUUUGUCACCGAUUUGAAAUAGAAGCCCAUUACCGAUGGUUCGUUUUUAAGGUUCUAAGAACCUUCAAGAUCAAACACUAAGGCUUGCCUUGACGAUUACAAAGAACUUCAUCAGCUUGAAGUUUUGACAGGCAAUCUUGUCUCUGAUACUGUCAAGCAGAAUAAUUUAGUGCAAGAAUGAGUCAAUCAGUGAAUGAAUCCUAUAAUGAAGAGCAACCUCGUUAUAUCCCGCCUGAAUUGGUCAACAGAUUUUCACAAAUUGAUGGAAAUACAGUGUAUCACUGCUAUUUAAUAGAGUUGAAACAAGACUUUACUGGUGAUGCUUCAACUAGUGAUGUGAUUCUUGCCAUAAAGUGUGAGCUUGACCCAGAAGUUAUGGAGUCAAUGAAAUUUGAAAUGCGCAUUGACCGAGGGAAUCUGACAGUGAGGUUUCAAUACAUUGGAACAAAAAAUCUUGGCCUAAAUGAGGUUCUUCUGUGGAGAAAAUCCCAGAUCAAAGUAUUUGGGGUUCUUUCUGGUUAUGAUAUGGCUAAGUUGACAGACAUUUUAAAUAAACUCUGUUUGGAAGAUAAUCCUGAGGUUGAUUAUCUUCUAUUUCCUUCCACUUCCACACAUCAAAGACCUUUCUCCAUUGAUUGGCUUUCAUCUCAAGAAGGCUGCAAGAAGCAUGUUGCAAAUGUAUUCACUUCAGAUGGCCCAGUUUGCUCCUGUGAACUUGAAAAUUCAUUGGUCCAUACUCCCCAUAGUGGUCGUUUUUAUAUCAUCACUGAUAGGAUGAAAUUGGAUGGAAACUCUCGGCUUAGAUUCAGGAAGGGCAAAGCAAGGACAUACAAGAAAUACUUUAAAGAAAAGCAUGAAAUUAAUUUGCGUUAUGAAAAUCAACAGCUAUAUAAGGGAAGGGAUACAUUUCAAGUGAAAAACUACCUUGACAAAAACAGACAAGGGAAGGAAAAAGAACCAGGCAACGCUUCAGUUGAAUUGCCUCCUGAACUGUGCUCUAUUCUUUUGUCACCCAUAUCGGUCAGUACAUUAUAUUCAUUCUCACUCAUUCCACCAAUAAUGCAUCGGCUUGAGUCACUGCUUGUGGCUUUCAACUUGAAAAAGAUGUGCAUGCAAAAUCAUAUCCCAACAAACAAGAUCUUGGAAGCAAUUACUGCGAACGAAUGCCAAGAGUCAUUUAAUUAUAAAUCGCUGGAGACUCUUGGAGAUUCUUUCCUUAAAUAUGCUGUUGUUCGGCAUCUUUAUCAAACCUAUCCAUUUGAUCCUGAAGGGCUCCUUAGUAAGAAGAAGGACGAGAUGGUAUCUAAUGUCGCCCUCUGUAGGUUAGGGUGCAACUCUAAUCUCCCGGGAUUCAUACGAACCAGCCCUUUUGAUCCAAAGAAGUGGAUUAUACCCGGAGAUAGAUCUAGGAAUGUUACUUUAAAAGAGGAGCUAGCCUCUGAUAUGACAAAAAUGUAUGUUGAUGGGAACAGAAAAUUGGACAAUGAGAAAGUUGCAGAUGUUGUUGAAGCCUUAACUGGGGCUAUCCUUAGCACAGGUGGAGAGAAAGCUGCUUUGAAGUUUUUGGAUUGGAUUGGAAUAAAGGUGGAUUUUGAUAUAACACCCAAUAAGAGGCUUCUCAUCGCACAUCCACAGACCCUUGUAAAUGUGAAAUCUCUGGAAUCCUUAUUGAACUACUCAUUCAACGACAGCUCUCUCUUGGUGGAAGCUCUUACCCAUGGUUCCUACACACGGCUAGAAAUUCCACGUUAUCAGCGGCUAGAAUUUCUUGGGGAUUCUUUGUUGGAUUUUCUCAUCACUGAGCAUCUGUACAAUAAAUAUCCUGGCCCAUCUCAAGGUUUGUUGACUGACAUGAGGUCUGCUUCUGUAAAUAACGAUUGUUAUGCUCGAUCUGCCAUUAAGUUUGAAUUACACAAACACAUACUUCAUUCCUCUCAAGAAUUAGAGAAGAAUAUCGCUCAAGCAAUAAAUAAGUUUAAAGGGUCUUCUACUGAACCAACUUUUGGAUGGGAUACGGAGACUUUUCUCCCCAAGGUACUUGCCGACAUCAUAGAGUCUCUAGCCGGAGCAAUUUUCGUUGAUUCUGGGUUCAACAAAGAGGUUGUGUUCAAAAGCAUCAGGCCCCUGUUAGAACCUUUGGUAACACCUGAAACUUUACCGAUUCACCCUGUUCGUGAAUUGCGAGAAUUCUGCCAAAAACUAAAUUAUAAAUUGGUUUUGGGGGAGCCAUUUGUAGAUAGAAACGAUGGCUCAACUUGUGUCACAGUUAGGGUUCUAGCUAAUGGGAAAACUUGUAAGCACACCUCUAGAGCUGCCAAUAGAGACAUAGCCGAAAAGAAAGCCUGCAAGAAAGUUUUGAUUUCCUUGAAGAAAUCAAUUUCUGUUUGAGGAAAACAAGCAGGUGGACAAAUAUGAUAUGUAGUAGUUUGUUAAUAUCCCAUCAUUUGUAGCUCAGUAGCCUCUUCAAAUAAAAGAAUGUCAUCCGCAAACAUUAAAUGAGAUAUUAGAGGACCACUAUUAGAAGUCCUAGCAGGUUUCCGUCUGUUUUCAUUCACUACAUCACAUAUAAUAUGAGACAAUCUAUGCAUGCAAAGGACAAACUGGAAUGACUCGAUGAUGCCGGGUUUGAAUAA